AUGGAAACGGACCCCCAUCUGCACCUCCAGCACGCCAGGAAUGGAGGUGAACAAGAGUUCAGGUGUGGAGAGGGCCACCAUCGGUACAGCGUGGAUGGCUACGAUCCAGCGACAGGCACUGUCUACGAAUUCCUGGGCUGUUUCUGGCAUGGGUGCCAGGCCUGUCACAAGACCCGAUGUGGAGAAUCGCAUCCCGUCCUGGGCACGUCGUUGGGAGCCCGUUUCACCGACACCCGCUACCGCCUGAGUCUCUUGAGUCAACACCCUGAGGUGAAACGGAUCGUCACCCUGUGGGAGCACGAGUUUACGAAAAUGCAACGGGAGGACGCCGCUCUGCGUGCUUUCUUGCAGGGACCCCGCUGUAUCCACGUCCCCGGGCCGCUCAACCCUCGCGACGCCUUCUAUGGAGGACGCACCAAUGCGACGCGAUUAUGCUACGAAGCCCAAGAAGGUGAAACCAUCAAGUACAUUGAUAUUUGUUCCCUUUACCCCUACAUUUGUAAGACCGGAGCGUUUCCCACGGGACACCCGACCCUUCUCCAUCAACCCCCUGUGGACACGUUGUUUGAACUGAAAGGCCUGAUCCAAUGCCGUGUCCUACCCCCGAAACGACUCUACCAUCCGCUACUGCCUUACAGAUCGGGUGGCAAACUGCUCUGUCCUUUGUGCCGUACGUGUGCCGAUACCCGGUCAGACUCCCCCUGCCAGCACACGGACGAAGAGAGGUCAUGGGUGGGGACGUACGCCACCGUAGAACUUCAGGAAGCCGUGAAGAAGUAUGACUACCGGGUGCUUCAGAUCUACGACGUUUGGCAUUUUGACACCUUUGCACAGCAUGACCCCGACACCCAACAAGUGGGACUCUUUGACACUUACAUCGAUCGACAUUUCAAGGAGAAGCUCGAAGCCAGUGGAUACCCCGAAGGAUGUACGGAUCACGACGCUUACAUCCAGGAAAUCUACGACAAAGAAGGCAUUGUGUUGGACAAGGAUCGCAUCGAAAAAAAUCCAGGACUUCGCACGAUUGCCAAGAUGCAACUGAAUUCGCUCUGGGGCAAGUUUGGACAACGGGUAGACUACAGUCAGAACCUCUAUAUCAGCGAUCCUGUACAGUACUUUGCCUUGUGGAGGGAUGAACGCAAUACCAUCGAGGAUGUGACCGUUGUCAACGAACACAUGGUGGAAGUGACCUUUACCCAUCGGAAAGAAUACCAAACCCCUCAUUCUCAUUUCAACGUCGCCAUAGCCGCUUGGGUCACCGCCCAAGCACGUCUCAAGCUGUACGAGACCCUUGCCCUGGUGGGCCGCAGGGUCUUGUAUUUUGACACGGACAGCGUCAUUUACAUUCAUCGACCCCACGACGCGAAUCCAGAGCUGGGUCAUUCGUUGGGUGAGUUUACGGAUGAACUGGACGGAAACACCAUCAAGAUGUUUGUGUCGGGAAGCCCCAAAAACUAUGGCUACGAGUUAAUGAACCCCAGACCCGAUGGAACGCGCACAUCCUGCAAAGUGCGAGGGUUCACUUUGAAUUACCGAAACCAACACCGUCUCAACUUUGACACCAUGAAAGGACUGAUACUGGGACAACGGCCUGGGAAAGAGGGGGAGAAAAUCAGUUUGGAUUACCCUCAUCAGAUCAUUUGA